AGAGUCAGAAGCUCCCUGAAGACAGAAGGAGCUUUACUUUUGCAUUCAGAAGCUGAAAGAAGACUGUAGAGCUAUCACAUGGAAACAGGAACGGGCUAGCUAGUAAACGUUGACCUCGUUUGGGUCCAGGGAAGCAAGGAGAUUAGGAAUCAAUGGUCAGGGGCAGUCAGGUUCAGGAAUCAACAGGAUGCUGUGGAAACGGGGUCCUUGGAGGAUGACAAAAACCACAGCUAGAACCAAUACUGACCUCAGAACUCCAUCAACUCACCACAAAGUAGGACGUGACUGUGCCACAGGAAAAAAGCGGACAUUAAAAGUAGUUGAAGAAUUUGGGAAGAUGAACCCUGAAGAGUCUUCCAAAUCACAACCAUCCAAUACACAUAUACGCCCUGGGGUUUACUUUGCCACUGGACUCCAGGAAGAAGAGAAGGCAGCUGUGAACAAACGUAGCCCCAAGGUGUUGGAGGCUCUGCAAAAGCUGAACAUCCAGGCUGAGCAGGCUCCAGUCAUUGCUGUCCUAGGCUCUGGUGGGGGGCUGCGGGCCCACAUCGCUUGUCUUGGGGUACUGAGUGAAAUGAAAGAACUUGGCCUGUUGGAUGCUGUCACAUACCUCGCAGGGGUCUCCGGGUCCACUUGGGCAUUGUCUUCAUUCUACAUCAACAAUGGGAAUAUGGAAGGGAUGGAAGAGGAGCUGAAACAUCGAUAUGAGGACAAUAGGUGGCACUUUGGAGAGAGCCUGAAGAAAGCCAUACAGGCAGCAAGGAGGGAGAAUUACUCCAUGACUGAUUUUUGGGCCUAUUUUGUUGUUUCUAGGCAAACCAGAGAGCUGCAGGACUCGAAUUUGUCCAGCAUAAAGAAACAAGUGGAAGAAGGCCUGCUGCCUUACCCAAUCUUUGCAGCCAUCGAUGGUGACCUUCAGCCUGACUGGAAGAAGAGAAAAACUCAGAAGUCCUGGUUUGAAUUCACCCCUCACCAUGCUGGCUACCCUGCACUUGGGGCUUUCGUUCCCAUCACACAGUUUGGAAGCAGAUUUGAGAAUGGAACACUGGUUAUACCUGAGCCCGAGAGAGACUUGACUUACCUGAGAGGUUUAUGGGGAAGUGCUCUAGCUGAUAUUGAAGAAAUUAAGAAAUAUAUUUGGGACAUGUUAAGGGAUCUGAGAGGAAAACUGAAGCAGAAAGAGGCUAAAGCAGCGACAUGCAUGGAAUCUCCAGAAGUGCAGGUGGAUGAGGCGCUCUUGGAUUUAAUGAUGGCUUAUGUCAAAGAUCAGAAUGACCCCAGCAUCAAGGAUAAGCUCCGGGCCCUGCAGCAGGUUCUGAGUGCUGAGAGAGCAGAUGAGUUUGGCGAACAGAGAUACAUCUGGCUGGAUGAGAUUGUCCAGAAUUGGGAUGAGAUCUCUCCCAAGGAGAAGGAGCAGUUUCUGGAAUAUCUGUUGUACUGCUUCAUGAGGCCACGAGAGCUUCAUGAGGGCGCCAAGUCCAACUCGAUGAACCGGAUUGAGGGUUUAAUCCAGGAUGUUUUUACUUUUCUGAGUAAAACUGGAAUUUGUUGUUGGAGGUGGGAGUGGGGAACUGUCUACAACUUCCUCUACAAACACGGUAACAUCACAGAUGAGGCCAUACAGAGCCGGGAGUUUCUGCAUCUGGUGGACGCUGGUUUAGCCAUCAACACUCCCUACCCGCUUGUUCUGCCUCCAGCUCGUGGAGCUCACCUCAUCCUCUCGUUUGACUUCAGUGCUGGGGACCCGCUAGAGACCAUCAGGGCCACAGCAGACUACUGCCGAUGCCAUGCAAUCCCCUUUCCUGAAGUGAGGGAGGAUCAGCUGAAGGAAUGGGCCAAAGCCCCAGAGAGCUGCUACAUCCUCAGAGGGGAGACUGGGCCUGUUGUCAUGCAUUUUACUCUGUUCAACAUAAGCAACUGUGGAGAUGACAUUGAGACGUGGAGAAAGAAAUAUGACACAAUGAAACUCUCUGACUCCUACACACCAGAUCUGGUGAAAGAUUUGCUGAGAGUGUCUAAGGAAAAUGUCCAGAUGAACAAGGAUAAUAUCCUCAAUGAGAUGAGGAAAAUAGCUGUGAAACCUGUCAACUUCCCAGGGGUGACCAAGGAGGACUGCUGGGGAGACACAGUGCAGCAUGCCCAAAGCUCUCGAUACUACUUGCAGAGUGGGCAUGUACUAGUGGACCCACCACCUCUGCUGUCUCCAGAGUCCACCAUCAACUGUUCCUUUGUGAAGAAGAGCUCCAGCUUCCAGGGCACUGUGGGCAUACUGGUCUACCAGGGCCCAAGUGUUCACUUGGCAUUGCUGUUCUCUGUUCCCUUCAACUAUGCCCUUCACAGAAUUGAGUUUGCCUUAGCCAUCAUGACUGAGCCAGUCUCCAGAGACCUGGAGAGGGUCUUUGAUGACAUCAUUCAGGGCAAAGGGUCUCCGGAGCUAAAGGCAGCAAAGUGUGAUCUUCAGAUUCCUCAUGGGACCCUGAAGCUGGAACACGAUUCCUUGAUCAUCAGAGCCACAAUGUCCAACAUCCAUGUGGCUAAACUGGAUGUAGUGGUUGAGACCAAAAAAGCUCCUUAA